AUGAGCGUUAUUGGUAUCAACUUUGGCACUUCGUACACUUCGAUCGCGUACUUGAACAAAGAAGGUCGCGCUGAUUGUCUUGCCAACGAGGAAGGUGAUCGUCAGAUCGCCUCUGUACUUGCUUUCCAUGGCGUCGAAGAGGUUGUUGGUUCGCAAGCCAAAUCUGACAUUGCCCGCAACCCCAAGACAACUGUGGCUAACUUCCGUGCCGAGAUUGGCAAGAGCCAAAGCGAGAACUUGCCCGGAUCGGCAGCUCCCGUGAUUGAGAAGGAUGGACAGCCAGCUUAUGCGAUCUCGCUCCCUGAAUCUGACGUCGUGUUUACUGCUGGUGAAGUGUCAGCCAAGUUCUUGCGUCACAUCCGCGAGUCUGCUGAGGCUUUCUUGGGUACUCCCGUCUCUGGUGCUGUUUUGGCAGUUCCUUCCUACUUUACCGAACAACAACGCAAGGCCCUUACUGAGGCUGCCGAGGCUGCCGGUAUCCAGGUGUUGCAAUUGGUGCAAGAGUCUGCUGCUGCUGUGCUUGCCUAUGAAACUGUGAACAAGAAUGCAAACCAAGACAAGACGGUCGUUGUUUGCGAUUUGGGUGGUCAUUCGCUCGACGUCACUGCUUUAACGGUGCGAUCGGGACUUUACUCUGUCUUGGCUACUGCUCACGAUACGAAAUUGGGCGGUUCCUCGUUGGAUGAUCUGUUGAUCAAUCACUUUGCAAACGAAUUCAAGAAAAAGUCUAAGGUCGAUAUCGCAUCGAACCGCAAGGCUCUUGCCAAGUUGCGUGGGGCUGUUGAAGUGACCAAGAAGAUGCUUUCGAGCGCCAACUCUGCACCAUGCUUUGUUGAAUCGCUUGCCGAUGGUCUUGAUUUCCACAGCACUAUCAACCGCAUGCGCUUCGAGAUUAUGGCUAACAAGGUCUUCGCCAAGGCUUUGGAUACCAUCCGUGAAGUUUUGACCAAGGCUGAUUUGGACGCAUCUGAGAUUGAUGAGGUCAUUUUGGUUGGUGGUUCUGCUCGUAUUCCCAAGUUUGCUGUGAAAAUCCGUGAAGUCUUCACUGCUGAGCAUACCAAGGUACUCUCGGCCGAGUUGGAGGCUGAUGAGGUCGUGGCUCGUGGCUGUGCCCUUCAAGCAUCGUUGCUCUCCGGAUACGAAAAGGAAGAUAUUGUGGCAUCGCAGGAGCCUGUCAUCACCGUUGCACCACACACCCAGAAGGCUAUAGGCAUUGUCAAUGCAAACGGCGAGUUCGUCACAGUCAUUCCUAGAGGUACCGCUUUGCCUGCCCGUCGCACCUUUGAAUUCGCUAACGCUGCAGCUGGCCAGACACACGCCUACCUUGCAUUGCACGAAGGUGACCACACUGUGGUGAAGGAGGAGAUCCCAGUCGAGGCCAUUGAAGUCGAGGAAGGUGAAGAACCUAUUGAGGAGGAGCCCGAGAUCGUUACGAAGGUUGUCACUAAGCCCGCUGCUUUAUUGGUCGAGGCUUCCCUGCCAUUGUCACAAGGCAAAGAAGCCAAGGGUAGUAAGAUUGAAGUACAAAUUACCGUGGAUGUCGAUAGCAAGCUGAGCUUGGUUGUAAGAGAAAAGAACGGAUCAAAUGUGAUCAAGGUUGCUGGCAAGCAGUAA